AUGACCGAUUACGACAACAUCUACGAAGAUAUACUGAGUCGGUCCGACGGGCCUUGCUUCCGACUGCUGACUCUACUUCCCGCACAGGGCUCGAAAGCGGAUAGUAUAGCCUUCUACGAAGACUCGGAUUCAGAUAACGACGAGUACGAAACCGCCGAACAUGGGUUCGCCAAUCCCGAAGGCUCUGAGCUGGUCUUUCCAAAGGGGCAUUCUGGGGUACGACCAGGACGCAACAAAGAGGCAGUGCCGACAGGCAUCGAGGUUGAACUUUCCUUACACCCGUUUGAUAAUUGCCCUGAAUAUGAGGCCCUCUCGUAUACUUGGGGCGACGAGGCUGGACAGAAGUACAUUUUGGAGUGCAAUGGAUACAGGUUCAUUGCGCUGAAGAACCUGAUCAACGCUCUCCUGGCACUUCGUCUUCCUGACCGGCCACGGACAUUGUGGAUCGACGCUAUCUGUAUCAACCAGAGAAACGAGCCUUGCGCGCUGGACGAGCGUGGGAAGCAAGUUGCUAUGAUGCACCGUAUAUACGGCAGGGGGAUACGGACAGUUGUGUGGUUGGGGGCGGCCAACGAAGACAACUUCUCACCAGCAUUCCAAGGCGAUAGCGUCGCUGCCGUCGCAUCCGCGUCCAACCGGAUGAGCGUCAUGCCUUUGAUUCUCAGGGAGUUCGUGGCUUCCACGGAGGAACUUCUUUCCUUGUUUAUCGACACUCUCGUGACAGACCCCGACAAGCUUUGGCGGGACAACAGCGGAGUCCAGUCAAAGUGGGCAGACAAGUCAGCUAUGAUCCGUCGCGCAGCUAUAGCUGUGAAAAACGACUGGGACCACAGGGUUGGGGGAGAUCCACGCGACAUCGACCUGGAUACUAUUGUGAGAGGGUUUAUGCCGAAGGACAUGUCAGAUUGGCUUCGCACUGCCAGCAGGAAGUUGUUACUGAUGCCGAAGCAACGCGAUACUCUCCUGACCAGUAUCGCAACAUGGGGUUCCUGGCGUCUUGCAGUGCCCAACAUUCUAAGCAGAGAGUGGUGGAGUAGGAAGUGGAUAAUCCAGGAGGUAUGUCUUUCGCCAGAGGUGAUCGUCCUCUGUGGUGACAUAAGCUUCGGGCUGGACUUUCUCUUCCUGGCUAUGGUAAUGUACUCCAUCUUUGCGGACAAAAAGCAGUUUCGUGGCCACUUACCUCCAUCAUGGUCUCUCUUGGAAGUGAUGGAGUAUAGAAACUUAUACCAGCAUCACGAUGGGGCACCUCUUCCCAGCCUCUCGCAUUUGCUGCAGAGAUUUCGCUCCUCCGACGCAAAGAACCCUCUCGACCACGUGUACGCAUUGAUGGGGCUCGUUUCUUCCUCUGAGCUCGCCGCCUUGAGCGAUGCAGACUGUAAGCCCAACUACAGUGCUGGUAUGACAGUUUCGAAAUGCUACAUCAACAGUGCUCGUGCCAUCUCGACCACUUCAGACAACCUAGAUAUGUUCGCGUUCCUCCACCGGCACAACCGACUGACGUCAACAUCGGUGGCCGACGCUUUACCUUCCUGGGUACCGAACUGGGCCGUGAAGAUAAGAGACCAGAAACUUCCAACACAUGGAAUUGAAUCGACAAACACCAUGGGAACAAGUCCGCUUUUCACCGCGUGUGGCAACUGCCAAAGCUGGACGCCCUCUGUCGAACGUGAUCGAACUUUGAUUAUAUCCGGCUAUGUCGCGGAUACUAUAAUUGAAGUAGUCUCUCGUUCAAUGCCGUCCAUGAGCGAUGCUUUGGCGAGACUGUUCGGCGACGAUAUCUUUGAAACUAUCGAACACGAAGAGGGCGCCCCGGGAGGGUUGAUGGAUAUGAUGGCGGUUGCCUGGGGAGGGAUGACGGAUAUAAUGGCCCGGAUAGGCGAUUUUGUCGGCACCUUCAUCGAGUGGGAGGAAUUUGCUCUGUCAAGGACGACGUCCUAUCCCACUGGCGAGGAAGUCCGUCGGGUGUUCUGCGCGGUGCGUUGUUACGGGCAUAUGCCCGCAGGACCAGAGGCGGCAUUCCAAGCUUUCGAAGAAUACAUGGAUGCGUUUAGCGUGGUCCGGCGCGUAUACAGCCUGACUUUAUCGUCGAAGCGACCAUCACUCAAGUUCUCCAAGAGUCGCACUGGCGAGGAGCUGCCAGAACCAUCGAAGAUGCGCAAGGCACUUGUUGCGACAGCAUUUCCCAGCUUGAAGAGACAGGCGAGGAUGUCAAAAUUCAAUGCCAUGCAGAUGCUUACGAUUGGACGAAAAUUGGCGUGGACAAGAAAGGGAUUCCUUGCUCUGGUACCUGAAGUCACCCAGACUGGAGAUAGUAUCGUGCUCUGCAAGGGAAGCAGAUUGCCAUUACUCAUGAGCCAAAGCCGGCAAACCAAGCAGUGGGAAGUCUUUGAGCCAUGUUACGUGCACGGAAUAAUGCGCGGAGAGGCAUGGGACGAGACCUUGUGUAGAAGGAUGGAGGUGAUAUGA